AUGUAUCAUUUCAAUUUCUUUUUAAUAGAUGAAUAUGAUGAUUAUUUUAUAAUUGAGGAGGAAGUUGAGCAGAAUGAUGAUAUGAAUUCUGACGAGCAUUUAGAGGACGAGGAAACGUUAGAAGAAUAUGAAGUGAACCAAAUUGAGCAAAAAAAUGAUCCAGUAGAUAAAGUGAAACAAAUUGAGCAAAAAAAUGAUCCAGUAGAUAAAGUGAAACAAAUUGAGCAAACAAAUAAUCCUGUAAAAUCUACAGUCACAGAAAAUGAGACGUUACCGGAGGAAUGUGAUGCCGAAGUUUUAGAAGAUGAAUUAUGGAAAAAAGAGGAUGAAAAUCAACUACCGCAUUCAAUUGAGAGACCCAAGAAGGUCUCUAGGUUUAAGGCUGCACGAUUGCAGGGGAAGUUUAGUGAUACAUGA